CGGCGCCAUCCGCCGCCGGGCACGCACCGCCCGAUCCAAGAGCUCGCCGCUCAAGCCGACGCAGGUGAAGGCUGACUUGACCUUCAAACACACUAGUCAAGAUGGUGGAGGGAUACGAAACGGACAAGAACAUCGAGAUAUGGAAGGUCAAGAAGCUGAUCAAGGCGCUGGACGCCGCGAGGGGCAAUGGCACGAGCAUGAUCUCCCUCAUCAUGCCGCCACGCGACCAGGUCUCCCGGGUCUCCAAGAUGCUGGGCGACGAGUACGGGACCGCCUCCAACAUCAAGAGCAGGGUCAACCGCCAGUCCGUUCUGGCUGCCAUAACCUCUGCCCAGCAGAGGUUGAAGCUGUAUAAUCGAGUUCCCUCGAACGGGCUGGUGCUCUACACCGGCACCGUCGUCACCGACGACGGCAAGGAGAAGAAGGUCACCUUCGACUUCGAGCCGUUCAGGCCCAUAAACGCCUCGCUGUACCUCUGCGACAACAAGUUCCACACAGAGGCGCUGAAUGAGCUCCUUGAGUCCGACGACAAGUUCGGUUUCAUCAUCAUGGAUGGCAAUGGGACGCUCUAUGGCACGCUGAGUGGCAACAGUAGGGAGAUUGUUUACAAGUUUAGUGUGGAUCUCCCUAAGAAGCAUGGAAGAGGAGGGCAGUCUGCUCUCCGCUUUGCUAGGCUGCGCAUGGAGAAGAGGCACAACUACCUGCGUAAAGCGGCUGAGCUCGCAACACAGUUCUUCAUCAACCCUGCGACCAACCAGCCGAACGUUGUUGGGCUCAUCCUGGCUGGUUCUGCCGAUUUCAAGACUGAGCUAGGAAAAUCUGAGAUGUUCGAUCAACGCCUGCAAGCCAAGAUCCUCAAGUCGGUCGAUGUGUCGUACGGAGGGGAGAGCGGCUUCAACCAGGCUAUCGAGAUGUCUGUGGAGGUCCUGUCUGACGUCAAGUUUGUUCAAGAGAAGAAGCUCCUUGGGAAGUACUUCGAGGAGAUAAGCCAAGACACUGGGAAAUAUGUCCUCGGUGUGCAGGACACCAUGUCAGCUCUUGAGAUGGGUGCAGUCGACACGCUGAUCGUGUGGGAGAAUCUCGACAUCAGGCGGUACGAGCUGAAGAAUUCUGUGACUGGAGAAACCGUGAUCAAGUACCUUAACGGCGACCAGGAGGCAGAUCAGGGCAACUUCAUAGACGAUGCAUCGUCUGGUGAACUGGAUGUCGUCGACAGGACGCUGCUGCUGGAGUGGUUUGCUGAAAAUUACCAGCAGUAUGGUUGCAGGCUGGAGUUCGUUACCAACAGGUCGCAGGAAGGAUCGCAGUUCUGCAGGGGCUUUGGCGGGAUUGGUGGGAUCCUCCGCUACCCGGCUGACAUCGCUGCCUAUGAUGAUGACGACAUGCUGGACGACGACGUCUACGAAGACUACGAAUAGCAAUCAACUGAAGCUCAACUGAAUUCGGUUCGGGAGGAGCCUGUGCUGGCCCGGACCGCGCCGGAACGAGACCCUGACAAAUCCAAACGAUCGGUGCAAGGAGCAGAAGCAGGAGGUGGGGAGAGGAGGACCUGGCGUUGAAAUCCAGACCUUGUGUAAGGCACGAUGAUGACGCCCAUGCUUUGCAGAUGAAGAUCUCUUCCUGUGUUAUCCGCGAAUUCCUGGAAUUUGGUGAUGGUAUCAUGGUACUAAGCAGACAUGGCUGCUUUCACAUACUGCAUCAGGGAAUAAUAAUUAGAGCUGUACCGUUUCUUGUUAUUGGCAACGUAUGGUUAUGUGCCACUAUUGCAGAUGUCUGAUGUGCUUCCUAAAAUAAAGUUGUGACUGAACUACGUUUGAGUUAUUUGUAUGGUGAAGAUCUAUGUGCUA